ACGUUGGUUUCGCCCUGUCUGGAAUUGUGGGUAAGUUUCAAGAUGGCGUCGCUGGUUCGAGCAGUGCGAGUUCGUCCUUUCGUCUUUGGACUUUACAACCUUGGGCCUCGGAUGAUGAGUAAUGGAUUAGGUGAGCUAGGAUCUGGAUCAGGCAAGGGAGGUGGUGCAGGUGGCUCCAUCAGAGAGGCAGGUGGAACCUUAGGGAAGAAGGAGGUGGCAGAAGAAGAGAUGUACUUCCGUCGAAUGCAACAGCAGCAGCUUGGUGAGCUGAAGAAGCACCACGCGGACGAGAUCCGUCAGAGGGAACUGGACAUCAAGCGCCACAAGGAGGCCAUUGAGCGGCACAAGCAGAAGAUUCGCGACAUCGAACGGACAACGCCCGGCUCGCAGUCCGACUCAGACUAGUCUCUGAGCUGUGAAGAACUUCCCGGUUCUUUCACACCAAUACCAGCAGCUGAGCUGCUAGCCGAUACACUAUCUUUCCCAAUGUUUACAUCUCUUGCUCUCGAUAUGAGAAAUGGCUAGUACAUACUUGAAUACUUAGUCUUUUGGGUUUACUCAUAGAUAUGGUAAACCUCUUGUAAUGCUUCCCAUGCUUUUCAAGAUAGCGUAAGCGUUGAAAUUAAAAGAUCAGAAACGUAUGUUCUGCUGCAAAAACUGAACAUUUUCAUUGCUCUCACCUAGAAGCAACAUGUUCUUAAGCACUUUCUGCUUUCUACAUGUAGUUCUUACAUAUUAGAGAUUAAACUACACCCAUGUCAUUAGUUCUCUUUUUUUUAAAGUUACUAGUAAUAAACAAAAAAAAAGAUGUUCAAUAAGAACUAAAGAGUUCCCAUGCCAAGAAAUGUAAAGAGAUUUCUUGGCACAUCUGUUAAAGGUGUAGCUUUGUCACAAAUAUUUUAAGGGAAUCUUGGUUUUCAAGUCAUUUUCAAGUCAUACUAGUAUCUUAAAGCCAGCAACUCAACAGAAGAAACAAACUAUUGAAAUGUUACUUAAUUUGCAGUUGGUGUUCAGAACUUGUGCAGAGUACGAUGUAGACUGUUGCUCAUAUACUCAUACAUGUGUGUGGGCUAUGUUAUCCUUACCACUUAUUAAAGGCAUCUAUGGUGAAGCAAAAA